AUGAGAGAAACAACAACAGUCACUACGGCGGAGAGCGAUGAUGUGUCUAUGAAGCUCUGCUCCUCGUAGUUGCAGCCCAGCUGCUGUUAUUUCUGCCGGAGCUUCCCGUAUCGAUGGUGUUGAGCCCAUGAACUUGGCCAGUCAGAGCGGGGACGCUGGCGGGAGCCAGCUCCUCUUCGCCAACUUUAACCAGGACAACACGUCCUUGGCUGUUGGCACUAAAUCAGGAUACAAGUUUUUCUCCUUGUCAUCUGUGGACAAAUUGGAGCAAAUAUAUGAAUGUACAGACACAGAGGACGUGUGCAUUGUGGAGCGGCUUUUCUCCAGCAGCUUGGUGGCCAUUGUCAGUCUGAAGGCACCCAGGAAGCUCAAAGUCUGUCAUUUCAAAAAAGGAACAGAGAUCUGCAACUAUUCCUAUUCUAACACUAUACUGGCUGUCAAACUCAACCGACAGAGAUUGAUUGUGUGUCUGGAGGAGUCUUUGUACAUCCACAAUAUUCGAGAUAUGAAAGUGCUGCACACAAUCAGGGAGACUCCACCGAACCCUUCAGGUUUGUGUGCUCUCUCCAUCAGUAAUGAUAACUGUUACCUGGCGUAUCCAGGCAGUGCAACGAUAGGAGAAGUCCAAGUGUUUGACACGGUCAACCUGCGAGCGGCUAACAUGAUACCAGCUCACGACAGCCCGCUAGCAGCUCUGGCUUUUGAUGCAAGUGGAACCAAGCUGGCUACAGCUUCUGAGAAGGGUACAGUAAUCCGUGUUUUCUCAAUCCCAGAAGGACAGAAGCUCUUUGAGUUUCGACGAGGAGUCAAGAGGUGCGUCAGCAUUUGUUCGUUAGCGUUCAGUAUGGAAGGCUUGUACCUGUCGGCUUCCAGCAACACGGAGACCGUGCACAUCUUUAAAUUAGAGACACAGAAGGAGAAGUAUGUACCGGCAGAGGAGCCCACCACGUGGGGGGGAUACCUCGGCAAAGUCCUGAUGGCAUCCACCACCUACCUGCCUGCCCAAGUUACAGAAAUGUUCACACAGGGGCGGGCCUUCGCCACUGUCCGACUGCCCUUCUGCGGACAUAAGAAUAUCUGCGCCUUAGCUGUGAUUCAGAAGAUUCCUAGGUUGUUGGUUGCAGCCGCUGAUGGCUACUUGUAUCUGUACAAUCUGGAUCCACAGGAGGGAGGAGAAUGCACACUAAUGAAACAACACAGAUUAGAUGGCAGUGCUGAGGCACCCAGUGAGAUCCUUGAGCAGGGGUCACAUGAUCGCCCACUUGUAGCCCAAACCUACAGUGCUGCUGUCACAAAAGCUUACUGUGAAGAGCAGGGUGCUGUGGGAGGGGCGGGGCUAGAGGAUGACCUGAAUGACUUGCGCUUGGAGGAAGAGAACGAGCAGCCACCACUCAUCCUCGAGACUGACUGACUGCAGGACGGUUCAGCUGACCAGUCAGAGGUCUCCUCUGGUGCUGCUAAUGAACACGUGACAGAAGAGGUGUCGGGGCAGGAU